GAAGGCGUGUUUAUAACGCACACUGUAAGCGUCUCUAGUGCUGCAUUGUGAUCGGGGCCUGGAGGCGUUUUCCUGCUGUCAUUUACACUCCAGGUCAAUAAUAAAGGCUUUAUCACCAAGUAUAACAGUCGUCAACAAACAGUGAUUCAAAGCUCCCCGCCGAUGGGAUCUGUGCGAAGCAGAUCACUGCUUUUUUAACUGGAUAAAGUGGAGAAAGAAGUGCCCGCUGUAGCAGGGCUGGAGUAAACCCUCCACACAGGAAAUGUUUGUUACAGUGCAAUUUGGAGAGAAUCAGCAGGAGAUUUUUAAUCCGGACUGCAGGAUCAUUCAUUUCAUUCAUUGUUUAAAAGAGCGUUGCAAUGUGGACCCCGAAGAGCGUGUGGACCUGCUGGACACGGCCGGCGAGCUGGUCUCCCUGAGCGGCCGUGAGCGCUCCGCGGAGCCGGCCAGCACCCUACUGAAGGACCGGCACAGCUACGUCCUCGUCCGGGUCAUUCCCAUGGAAGGUACAGAGGGGAACAGAAGCGAGUCCCUCCUAUGUGAUGUGGGGAAGAGCCAUCCCGCUUUGGCAGAGCUGUUGAAGAGGCUGGCGAACCCACACAAGGAGCGGGACAAGCGGGGCUUGGGGUCCAGGAAGUCCAGGCAGCUGAGGGACACGCCCACGAAUCACAUGACCAAGUCCAAGAGCCCCAGGCGGGUUGGCGGCACCCAAUCCAAGACCUGACUGAGAAGAGGGCAGCAAUGAAGAAGAAUUACCCCCCCCCUCCCCCACCAAAGACAUGGAUGCAAUUACCAUUUAAAAGCUAAACAAAUGACACGUCCUAAAAUGCGAUCAUAAUAUUCCUGUUCGACUUUGACGCUGUUGCUGUCGUCUUGAACAAAAUACUCACCCUGACCUGUUCCAGUGAAAUAUGCAACUGUAUUGUUGUCAGAUGUGCUGCAAAACAAAGUAAAAUAGUCAAUUACUAAUG